GAACGCAAAUGCUGCUGGGAAGCAAGAAGCAGCAAUGCACCACGGGCAGGAGCAGCGCGAUGGCCUCUGGCUCUCUUCCAGAUACAGCAUCCAGAAAGGCAAUCACUGCUGCUACUGAUGGCUCAUCGAAAAAGAGAGAUCCCUCCAAAGGCACCUCCAAAUCCAAAGAGAUCCACACGCAGGGCAUCCUGAAACCAAAAAUGCCUGUCUCCCAUAGUAUGUGCAAUAUAAAAGCUUCAUCAAGAAUCCUCUCAGAAGAAAAUGUUCACAGGGAAAACCAGCUCCUAAAAAGUGAUUAUGAAUUCUGUGGUUCAAGUGACAAAAUAAAGGCGUGUGAGGAGGAGGACGAGUGGGAGCGAGCCAGCAGGGUAACACUAUCCACGCCUCGCUCGCCAGAUGUUACUCAUGAGAAAAACGACAUGCUCACCCGACCAGAAACCACCUCCGAGCCUGAGAAAACUCCACCAGCCCCACAGACGCUGCGGGAAGCACUGGAAAUCCAUAAGCCUCAGUUCAUCUCUCGUUCGCGAGAAAGGCUGAAGAAACUUGAACAUAAGGUCCAGCUGAGGAAAGCCCAGCAGAGCGAUGCUCCUGCAAGCAAUCAAGGAACCCUUGUUCGCAAGCUUUCCUCAACAUCCACUUCCAGCAAAAAAAAGCAGUACACCAUUCCUCACCCUCUCAGUGAUAAUCUCUUCAAACCAAAGGAAAGAUUCAUUCCAGAGAAGGAGAUGCAUAUGAGAUCUAAAAGGAUUUAUGACAACUUACCUGAAGUAAAAAAGAAACAAGAAGAAAAACAGAAACGAAUCAUCAUCCAGAGUAACAGACUGCGUGUUGAGACCUUUAAAAAGCAAUUACUGGACCAGCUCCUUCAAAGAAACACAGAGUGACAAAGGAUUCUCUUGCCCAUCAUCAUUCUAAUUGGGUCUUGAAUGCCUUUGAUUGCUAGAUAAGCCAUAAAAUUUAUUGUUCUCUCAAUUACUUGGAGGCAUUUUUCUUAUCUUUGGCUCUUUAUAUAAAGUAAGAUCAUUUAUAUUUCAAUUGAAAUUUUCAGGCAACUUUCAAGUAAUCACAAACAGUCUAAAAGGGAACAGAGCUGUUUCAGAGCAUCACCUUUUGGUCAGUUUACCCAGAGGAAAUAAUUUUAAGAAUUUUUAAUGUAAAUACUGAAUUACAGUGGUAUUAUUUAUCUUAAUCUUUUAAAAAGUAUACAUCUCUGUAGCAAUAGAACUGGGUUUGUAAGAUCUGGAAAACUUAUUUCUCUGAAGUAUUCUAUUAAUUGAUUUCCUGUAAGUUAAAUCCUUGAAGUAAAGAAAAAUGAAUAUGACUAUUUGUUAUGUUUAGAAACUAGCUGAAAUAGCAUUACCACAUAAUCAUAGCAGCAGCAGUUUCACAUUAAUACUUAACAUACCAAAAGGGACCAAUAUUUUAGCUCUCUGAAGAACUUCAUUCCUGUUUAUAUAGUGAAUCUACAUAGCAAGCUUACCUGUUAAAGGGCAAUAUUUAAAAAUUUGAUUAUAACACUGUUUUUCGUGUUUUUCAUUGUAAUAUACAUUUUACUCCACUUCUGUGAGCAUUAAGUAUUUAUAGAAAUGGCAUAUUAAGAAGUGGUGCCAAGAAGUAUGUUUGCAUCAAAACUGCAGAACUAAAACCAUCUGUAAUGUUUCCUCCAAAAAUAUUUAAAUCUUUAUUUGUACAUUUUGGAAGUAAAAACAACCAGCUUACAAACCAAUGGAGUUUCUUUAUGGAAUAAAAUAUGA